UAGGGGAAGUGUGUCCUGUGAGUGUGUGGCUGCUGUGGCUGCAGGAGACCUGGGACUCAGGACUGCUCUCUGCCUGCUUCUGUCGCCCAGCCUCGCUGAGGAUCUGUGACUCCAGCCAUGAGGACCCUCGCCCUCCUCGCUGCCCUUCUCCUGCUGGCCCUCCAGGCCCAGGCUGAGCCUCUCAGAGCAAGAGUUGAGGAGGCCCCACACCAGCAGCAGCCAGGACAAGAGGACCAGGUGGCAACCAUCUCCUUUACAGGGGAUGAAAACUCGGCUCAGGAUGCAGGUGUAAGGGCAGGAGAGGAUUGCACCUGCAGAAGACCCUCAUGCAAUGAUGGGGAGCGCGUCUCAGGAACCUGCAUAGUGAAUGGCGUCUUUUACCUGCUUUGCUGCAGUUAAAUCACAAUUUGCUUUGACACCUAGAAGGCA